AUGGAACCCACCGGCGACUCCCCCGACUCCAGUGACCGCAAGACCGGCAAGAAGAUCGCCGCCUCCUCUGCUACUGUGAAACCAAAUGGGAAGUCCAUUGUUUCCUCGGCGAUUGUGAAGACUGAUGUUUCAUCUACCAUUCCGGUGAAACCAAACGUUGCUACCGCUCUCUCCUCCGCGCAUGUAGACCAAGUCAUGUUCUUCCGAGAUGUUUCAUUCAGCCCACGUGAAGCGGAGUUGAGGUUUUUUCUGAUUCACUUCUGGGAGGCUCGAAAUCCACUCACGAAAACCCUCAUUGGAGAAGAGAUGCUCCUUAUCGAUGAAGAGGGGACUGUUAUUCAAGUUUUUGUUCCAGCCGGACGGGUCGGGACCUUUGAUCUAACAGAUGGAGUCGUGUAUAAGCUGAGCAACUUCUUCGGGUCCAGAAGGAAAGUUCAAUAUCGGGUUGCUGAUCAUAUCGCCACCGUCUCAUUCACCUGGAAUUAUGUUUUAUCGGUUCUUGAGAACCCUCCGGUCCCAAUUCCAGAGGAUAGGUUCAGGUUCCACGGCUAUGAGGAGUUUAAGGCCAACUGUGACUCUAAGGGUGACCUUUAUGAUUAUGUUGGCCAUAUGAAGCUGGUGAAUGGGCAGACUAUCUCUGACCAUAUUGUUCUUGACGAGGUUGAUAUCUCAGAGAAGCGGCAUCUAUGUGUUCAUUGGACCAGUGCUGAAGCUCUCUACAUAUGGGACAAGGCUGCAUCCGACUUCUGCCAGAAAUUCAAAUCUUAUGGAGGCACCCCAAGCGUUCUGUUAGUCACCACUGUGAACCCCAAACACAUUGGAGGAACACUUGCUCUCACUACAAUGUCAUCAUCUCGAGUGUUCAUGGAUGCUGAUGCCCAGCCUAGCAAAGAUUAUCUUGAAUGGUUGAGCUCUAACUCUGACAAUGCUAAUAGGGUUGCUGCUGAGGUCUUCACUAAGCCUGAGACAGUGACUCUAGGGGAGAUAUCCUCUUACAUCAAGCGGGAAGAUUCUAAGGUUGCUUGGUUUGAAUGCACAGCAACUAUCGAUGAUGUAGUCCAGGGUUCUGCCUGGUAUUACAUUUCUUGCGAUGGAUGUACCUCACAAAGAUCUUUGUUUAUGAUGAGAGUGAGCAAGCAGUUUUUUGUUGUACUUGGUGAUGCUGGCAAAGAGCUGACCGGGAAGCAUGCGUCAGAAUUAGUUGCCAGUUACUUUGAGCCCAAUGCUGGUGUGGAUGCUGACCAUUGCGUGCCGGUGCUGCAAGCUCUACUUGAUGCAAUAGGGCAGAAGCGCAUAUUCAUUGUGAAGGUUUCCGACCAUAACAUGACAUACAAGACUCAAACCCUGACUGUCACCAAGAUACUCCCGCCAGAAGCUCCACAGCCCAUAGAACACUUGGAAGAAAAGGCUAAUCCUUCAAGAGGCUUCGAAGAUGCUGCGGGUAAUAUGGUUAGAAAAGCAUCUGAGCGUCUUGAGUCAGGAGAGCCAAGCGCCCUAAGAGUGGCUAAAUCAGCUUCAGACUACUCUCUUACACAGUGA